UACGCCAUCCCGCAGAACAUCCGCUCGCAUUUCGAAGACAAUGCAAUCACGGCCAAAUGUCUCUCCCUCCAGAACUACGAACCCACCGUGCCCUGGGCGCGCAUGCAAGGCUCAGCAAACGGCCUCUUCCUCUCCACGCUGAACAACGAAAAUACCAUCCCGCACUGGAUCACGCUACGCACCAAGCAGCGACGAAACCUACCCACUGCGCCUACACCCGGUGUGGAAGUAUCCACGACAACGAAACCCGAUCUCAUCACUCUGAUCCACCUCGGUGGUUCCGGCGUCUGCAGUUUUCACAAUACUCUCCACGGCGGCAUGAUCUCCACGUUAUUCGACGAAGUCUUCUUCGCUACGCUUAAUCAUGUGAUGUAUACUCACCCAGCGGAUGUGGAUAACCCGACGAGGUUCUCGACGAUGCAGCUGGAUGUCAAGUACCGGCGGCCUGUCAGGGUGCCGGGUAUCGUUGUCGUGAGAGCUUGGUGUCUGGCAAUUGCGGGGAGGAAGUGUUGGACGUAUGCCGAGCUGCUGCAGGAG